CCAGUCCUCGAUUGCCACACUGCUCACAUUGCCUGCAAGUUCGCUGAGCUCGUUGAGAAGAUCGAUCGUCGUUCCGGUAAGAAGCUCGAAGACAACCCCAAGUUCGUCAAGUCCGGUGACUCCGCUAUCGUCAAGAUGGUUCCUUCCAAGCCCAUGUGCGUCGAAGCUUACACUGACUAUCCUCCUCUUGGUCGUUUCGCUGUCCGUGAUAUGCGUCAAACUGUCGCUGUCGGUGUCAUCAAGGCUGUUGAGAAGGUUGAUAAGGCCACCAAGGCCACCAAGGCUGCCGUCAAGGCUGGCAAGAAAUAA